CUCUGGCGGGCGGACCAAGAGGGGUUCCCGGCCGGGAACUUUUUCUUCCGGAGGUUGAUUUCUCUUUUAGUAGCCUGCAGGAGGAGCUAAGGUCUGGAGAAAGAAAGAAAGCGGAGAAGACUUUGUCCCCUUCCAUGGUCUGCGGAGCCUGUGUGUUUGUUUGGAAGAAGCCUGGAAAACAUUAGACGAAGCCCCAGCCCUGGAAAGAAUGUGGACCAGCUUGAGGACAGGCAUCGAGCCCACCUACCCAAGGGACAGAAGCUGUGGGGCCCGGACCCGAUUCUGGGUGCUGGCAGGGGGAAUAGCUGUCAUCUUGUUCCUUCUGGGAUUCUUAAGCGGCUGGCUGGCGAAUAGACGUGCCCAUCAGUUGCCGAGGACAGAUGCCCAUGAGAAGAUGAAGGAGGCCUUCAUGAAGGAGAUGAAAGCAGGGAGCAUCAAGCAAAUUCUCUACAAUUUCACCCGGCAGCCUCACUUGGCAGGCACACAGGAGAAUUUGCAUCUAGCUGAACAGAUACAAGCAAACUGGAAGGCCUUUGGCCUAGACUCGGUCCAACUGGCUCCUUAUGAUGUUCUGCUUUCCUACCCCAAUGAGACACGUCCUAACUACAUCUCACUCAUUGACGAGCAGGGCCAAGAGAUUUUCAACACAUCGCUAUCUGAGCCUGUUCCUGCAGGAUAUGAGACCAUUGAAGAUAUUGUGCCUCCCUAUAGUGCCUUCUCAGCCCAGGGUCAGCCAGAGGGAGAUUUGGUGUAUGUGAAUUAUGGCAGAAUAGAGGAUUUCCACAGAUUAGAGCGAGAGAUGGGAAUUAAUUGUUCCGGGAAAAUUGUCAUUGUCAGAUAUGGGAAGAUCUUCAGAGGAAAUAAGGUUAAGAACGCUUACCUGGCUGGAGCCAAAGGCAUCAUUUUAUACUCGGAUCCUGCUGAUUCUUGUGCUCCUGGAGUUCAGCCUUACCCAGAUGGCUGGAAUCUGCCAGGAGCUGGAGCCCAACGUGGAAAUGUCCUCCUGCUGGAUGGUGCUGGGGAUCCUCUCACCCCAGGGUAUCCAGCUAAAGGUGACCAGAAAAGAAGCCUUCUAGGGAUGCAUCCUAAAAAUAUGCAUAUCGCUUGGAAGAAGCUCAAAGUGCAGCAAACUUAAAUAUUCCUGUCCACCCCAUUGGUUAUCACGAUGCUGAGAAGCUGCUAAAGGAAAUGGGAGGCGCUCCUGCACCGGAUAAUAUUUGGAAGGGACAGCUUUCCGUGCCUUACAAUGUGGGACCUGGCUUUAUAGGGAUUUCUUCAAAAAGGUGAGGACGCUUUUCAC